AUGGCCGACACUUCCGCGCGGCCGAUAAGCUUCUUGCCUUCAAUAAAAUGUUCGGAUUGUGGCGUCGAGAUCGAAAUCUCGAAGAUGGGUGACCAUGUCUGCGGCACCCAAGCUUCCGCCGCGCCAGUCCCUCCUCCGCAAGCUCCGCGGAACAAAUCGACAAAGAGCUUCUUCGACAAGGCGGCUUCGUUGACCAGUAGCAUGCGCGGCUCCGGCGGGCUUUUGAAGUCCAGUCGGAGCGCGCAGCAGCCGCCGCGCAUCGACACUGGUGCCGCGAACAAGCCGUUCCUUGGAGUCGACACGUCUACGCCCGUCGCCAGCUCAAACUACUCAAAAAGCGCUGCGUCUUCUGACAUCCGCAGCAAAUCGCCUCAACAAAGCUACAGACCGCCCUCCCAUGAACUCUUCACCAAAGAUGGUGGAGUCCAGCAAGAAGAUUUCAGCCCCGAGGAACCGAGGCCGCUUCCGAGCCACAACUACCCUGAGUCGAAUCCUCUCUUUGCGCCUCGAAGCCCGAGACCAGACGGUGGUAACAGUGUGAUGGAGAGAAUGAACGGCCUUACGUCGGGUCCCUUCGAUGCACGACCAAAAAGCCCGUUUGGCGCAAGGCCAAAGAGUCCGUUCGAUUUACGACCAAAGACUCCCCAGGCAGAACCUGUGGAGGACGAAAAGUCGGCGCACAAGAGGACGACCACGUUGAACAGCUUCAAGAAUCACUCGCGCACUCGCACCUCAAGUCGGGCCAGCAACAUGACGCAAGAACGGCCAGGUACGCAACAUUCAGACAAGUCGAGAUCGUCAGUCCGCUCAAAUGGCCCCUCGGGGCUGCCCGAAAAUCCAAAGAAGCCAGGACCGCCCCCACGGCCGGCAAGGCCCGGAACCGUGGACACUUUCCUGGAAAAGCUGCAAGAGGAGGGCAAUCAUGCCACUUUGGCUGGCGUUAGCUCGACUUUUAUGGUGCAGAGGAAGGAAAGCCUUGGGGGCGCAAGAAACCCCUCCGUUUCUCUCCCGAGGCGGCCCUCAGAGUCUGGCCCGCAGCACAUCCCCCAGAAGCCUUCCGUGCCGCGAGUCGACACACUUCCCGAGCCACCCCAGCCGGCACAAGAAAACGCAAAGAGAUUUCCGCGCCGGACUUCCAGCCGUAGCAACAUCAGCUUCAAGAACGACACGCAGAACGCGCCGCCAUUGCCCGGUCCUGCUGCAGAAUUCCGCCUGCGGAACCUGUCACACGCACCGAGCGAGUCGGCUUCUUCGGAAGAUUCUUCCGGAUUCGACGGACGCAGCAACAGCGGCCGUUCGACUCCCCCUACUUCGGCUGGUUCCAGCCCGAACAAGGACUCUUACGUACCACAAUGGGACAGGCCGGCCCACGAGCGCAAGGCUUCGAGAAAGGUCUCGAGUGCUGGCUUCGACGGCCGCAGCGAUGCCCUUCGCUCUCUUAACUCCAACUCCCGCACCCCCACCGAAACCCACCGGAAGAACUCCAGCGUCAGCCGCCCCGCCAACCCUCAAUAUGUCUACGAGGCAUUCCGUCCUCCGCCGGCGAUGCCAGCUGUCGGUGAACCUCCCGAGUCUCCCAUGGACCCUGCCAUCCAGCGUGGUCUCUUCAACCCUUACCGCCCCCCUGAAAUGACCGCCACCGAGAUUCAGUCAGUUGGCGACAACAGCAGCAACGCACCCCCGAUGCCUCCAGUUCCCGCCGAGGCCCCGCCACUCGCCAGGCCCCGGGACGCAUCGGUCAGCAGUGGCAAGCGGCCUGGAACCAGCAACGGCCAAUCCAAGGGCUCUUGCCGCGGUUGCAACGAGCCCAUUAUCGGCAAGUCCGUCAAGGCCGCUGACGGCCGCCUGACGGGCCGCUGGCACAAGCAGUGCUUCGUUUGCCGGACUUGCGCGUCGCCCUUCGCCACCGCGGACUUCUACGUGCACGAGAACCACCCGUACUGCGCGCAGCACUACCACCAGCUCAACGGUAGCUUGUGCCGUGCCUGCAACACGGGCAUCGAGGGCGCGUACCUCGAGACGGAGAGGCGACAGAAGUUCCACCCGAGGUGCUUCAACUGCCGCACGUGCCGCAUGCCUCUGCGCGACGACUACUUCGAGGUCGGCGGCAUCCCGUACUGCGAGCGGCACGCGUGGCACGCCGCAAGGGGCCCCGGCCCUGGCGGACGUGGCAUGGGUCUCGGUCCGCCAAGGCAGAAUCCUGAGCGGAGGAGGACGAGGUUGAUGAUGAUGGCCCCGAUGGGCCCGCAGUAUUGA